UUAUUCACUGUCGUUGACCCGCCGAACCGCGUACGAGCCACACGCCCAGGCGACCACCUUACCCACUCCCAAAAUGUCCCCGCCGAGGCGCCUCGCCGUGCUCUGCUCCCACCUCCGGCCCGACGGCGCGGAGCCUCCAGCCGAGAAUGAGCGGCCGGCCGGGCAGCAAACGGUGAUAUCUGCCUCUCCGUGCGGCGACGACGGCCGCGGCGCGGUGGCCGGUCGCGUGGGGGAUCGGGAGGCGGAGAGCUGCGUCUUCUGCCGGAUCAUACGCGACGAGGCGCCGGCGUUCAAGCUCUACGAAGAUGAUGUAUGCAUUUGCAUAUUGGAUUCCCAUCCAUUGGCUCUUGGGCAUUCGUUGAUAAUUCCAAAAUGCCAUUUUUCAUCUAUGGAGGUCACUCCACCUCAUGUCAUAGCAGCCAUGUGUUCCAAAGUACCUUUUCUGAGCAAUGCAAUUAUGAAGGCUACUGACUGCGAUGCAUUCAACUUGGUCGUCAAUAAUGGAGAAGCUGCAGGACAAGUUAUUUUCCAUACCCACUUCCACAUAAUUCCUCGUAGAUCUGGUGACAAGUUGUGGCCGACAGAGAGCUUUAGGAGGAGCUCUAUUGAGCCAAAUGAAACCUCGAGCCUUAUUAGCUGCAUCAAGGAGCAACUUGAUUCUUCAGAAGACUGAAGCUCGUUACCGCAUAAGGUGCGAUAGAAAGCUGCUUCAGUUGUCCAGUCAAGUACAUAAUCUGCCUCGGUUGCGUAGCUGAAGUAAUCCAUGAAUUUAACAAAUUCGAUAAAACAAUGGCACUGUAACUACUGUAUAAUAUUCCCCGCAAAAAAAACUACUGUAUAAUAUCUGACAAUAAGAGCUAAAGAAGGUGGAGUUAUGUCCA